CGACUUCAUGGAUCCCUCCAACCUACCGUUCGGCUUUCCCGGCCUGCCUGGUCAUGGACACAUGCCCAUACCACCCACGGCUAACAUGUUGGGCGCACAUGCCCAUCCGGGACCUACAGCCAGUCCUCCACAAAGUGUGCCUGGCCGUCGAACACCGCUCGGUUCGGUGGGCCUUGGCGGCUUCUAUGCCCAGGGACUGGGCAUGACGCAGCAGGGUCUAACGCCUACGGACGAGAAUAAGCCCGGCCCCAGUGCAGCAGAGAAGCCUCUGAGCCCAACGGCCGCAGCGCUGGCCGCAAUCAGCGGUGGUACCACAACUGCGGCGGCAACAAGUGUGUCUGGCGGUGGUGGUGGUAUUGGUGGCAGCGGCUCUAGUGGAGGUAAACAGAAGAAUCGACAAGGCAAGACGGUACGCCUGAACAUAAAUGCUCGGGAACGUCGACGCAUGCACGAUUUGAACGACGCCCUCGACGAGCUGCGUAGCGUGAUUCCUUACGCCCAUUCUCCCUCGGUGCGAAAGUUGUCCAAAAUUGCGACCUUGCUGCUGGCCAAGAACUACAUAUUGAUGCAGCAGAAUGCACUGGAGGAGCUGCGCAGAUUACUGGCCUAUAUACAAAGCACUACGGGAGCAGCCCCCUUGGAUCUCGGAGCGUUUCCAGCAGCCGCCAAGCUCCAAGCCUUGCUUCAGGGACCACAUAAUGAGCCACCAACCAGCAGCAACAGUUAGAUGCUAAAGGGUUUUAAACACAGAUAUGAAGCAAUUUUAACCGCAAUAUUAAUA